AGAAUAAAAGCAACAGGAAGUCGAUAAAAAGAGGCAAAUACCUCAGAUAUACUUUAUUCAAAUUCUUUAUCGGUGGUUGACAUUGCGUCAAAUAACGUCAAAAAUAUCUACACCGCAGUGCCGAUAACGGUGAAGAGGGAGUCCCCUUUACUGAAUGUGAAUUUUUUUUUAGAUCAAGUUACUUAUAUCAUGAGUCCAGUCUAUUCGUUCAUCGUGUGAUUGAGAACCUCUAAACAUUAGCUUCUCCCUCAUAUUUUAGCAUAUAAUACAGAUCUUAAAUCAUGGGUGACAAAGCUGGGCCGUCUGAUACUCCAUAUUUUAACCUCGAUAAGUCAUCGGAAAAUUACAUUCGUCUUUGCCGUUUAAUUACAACGAUUUGUAGUUCGUUACUGAGGCACAUACUAAGUAGUCACAUUAAACCGGUCAACCUAAGAAAUGAGCUCGAUAUAAACAGAACAUCACUUGAACAAAAAAUGAAUACUCAACAAAAAAACCAAAUAUAUCUGAAAGCUGGAUGCAAAUCAAUAGAAGCACAAGACUUGGAUAUAUCCGUUCUUUACAUUCUCUUACGGAACAUUUGCACCAAACUUCCUCCUCCUAAGACUGGUUGGGGAAAACCUCUACAAAAAGGCGAUAACAGCGAAUCAGCUUUUAUUGAGAGAGUACGACAAAUAAGGAAUAGCAUAUCAGCCCACAAUACACACGGUAAAGUGAGUGACACGGAUUUUCAACAGUAUUGGGAGGAACUUGAGCAUUCUAUUAUUGAAAUGGAGAAGCAGUUGACUGGUGAUGUUGUAUAUCGAGGUGCCAUAAGUGCGAUAAAAGAUAUGAAAUUCACUAAGGAUGACGCUGAGAGGUACAAACUUGAAAUUCAACAAUCGGAAGAUGAAAAAGAAAGUGAACCUCAGGAUCUACCAAAAGAUAAAGCAUGUGUUGGAAGCAACGCGAAAAAACCCCGAUGUUCUCCAAAUUCCAAGCUGGUAGCAGCUAUUGACUUUGGAACGGCUUACUCGGGGCACGCUUUUUCAUCCCGAGUAGAUUUCGAAAAUGACCCACUCCAAAUCAAAGCUCACAAAUGGAGUAAAAGUCUGUUAGCACACAAAACUCCAACAAGUGCUUUGUUUGAUGAAAAUAAAACACUUAUUGCGUUUGGAUAUGAAGCAGAAAAAAAAUUCAGAGAGCUAUCAGACGAUGGCAAACAUCACGAUCAUUAUUUUUUUGAGAGAUUCAAAAUGCAACUUUAUAAUAAAAGUGGUGAUACGAAACAAACGAUGUUGACAAAUAAAUCCAUGAUACGUGACAUCAGUAGAAAAGAGUUGCCCGCCAUGUAUGUGUUUUCUAAAGCAAUAGAGUACAUGCAUAACCAUCUUUUGAAUGGACUCAAAGAACAAGACGAUGAUAAAAUAGCCGAGGAAAAUAUAAAUUGGGUAUUGACAGUUCCAGCAAUUUGGAAUGACAGCGCAAAACAGUUCAUGAGAGAUGCUGCAAAACAGGCAGGAAUAAACAAUGAUAAUUUGACCAUAGCAUUGGAACCGGAAGCAGCAUCCAUGUAUUGCAAGAAAAUACAAUUGGUAAAACUUAAGGAACCGAAAGCUGAAUUUCAAAUCUUCAGUCCUGGUAAUCAAUACCUGAUUUUGGAUGCAGGAGGUGACCCUGUUGGAAUGCCUUGCAGAAUUAAUGUUGAGUUUUCUGCAUUUGACCAAGAUGCCAAAACACCACAGCGAUACUUGCCCAUGCUGGGAGAGUUACAUAACACCAAUACAGUGGACAAAUUCAAGGAGUGUGAUAAGAAAGAGAUGAUCAGUGAAGCCGGGAAAAAGAUAUGGGACUCCAUUGUCACUGGUAAAGCACUGGAUACCCCUGAACUUCUGGCUACUUUCCUUCUUUUGACCUUUGCAGACUUAAAGAAAUACCAUUACUAUUACUGGUUCUGUUUUCCCUGUCUCUGUCCAUCAACUGACAUCACCUUUGACCAAGAACCAAAGAAACUCAAGGACAAGUUAACUCCAGAGGAGAUGGAACAGUUUCUACAAGCUUAUGACACAUUCCAAGAUGCUUAUCCAACAUAUCAGGGUUUCUUUGUUGCUGUCCUUUCUAAAGGGAACAUUGUAAUCGAGGAUGUAAAACAUAUGAACAAGUUUGAAAAUACUCAGGAGGUGUACUUUGGAUUUUGUGAUCCCAGUAAUAUUGAGGACUAUCCAGGCUGGCCUCUUAGGAAUUUCCUGAUGUUGAUAUCCUAUCAUUGGAAGGGAGACCUGCGAGGUGUAAAUGUACUGUGUUUGCGAGAUAGGAGUCGAGACGGGACACGAGAUAUAUCACACAGUCUUCUGCUGUCCCUUAAUGUCCCGGAUAUUAAGAAUGUGCCAGAAUGUCCAAAGUGUGUAGGUUGGGAGAAAAAUGAAAAACAUAAGCUGGCUCCAAGAUUUGUUAAUCUCAGUGCUAGCAUGGACCCCACAAGACUGGCAGCCUCAGCUGUUGACCUCAAUCUAAAGCUGAUGAGAUGGAGGCUGCUCCCAGAGCUUGACCUUGACCUUAUAUCAAGGACAAAAUGUCUGCUGCUAGGAGCCGGGACUCUUGGAUGUAAUGUGGCAAGGUGCCUGAUGGGCUGGGGAGUAAGAACCAUAACUCUGGUGGACAAUGGUCGCGUGUCUUACUCUAACCCGGUACGCCAGUCCUUGUUUCAGUUUGAAGACUGUGUAAAGGGAGGUAAGCCAAAAGCGGAGGCUGCUGCAGAGGCCAUGAAGAAGAUAUUCCCUGGAGUGAAUGCAAAAGGUUUGAGUUUAUCCAUUCCUAUGCCUGGCCAUGCAGUACCUGAGAGUGCAAUAGAUGGUGUGAAGAAAGACGUUGAAACCCUCCAGGAUCUGGUGAAUUCUCAUGAUGCAGUGUUUUUAUUGUUGGAUACACGGGAGAGCCGUUGGCUUCCUACAUUGAUGGCAGCAGAAAAACAAAAGAUAGUGAUAUGCUCUGCCCUGGGCUUUGACACAUAUCUAGUGAUGCGCCACGGCGUGAGGUCAGACACAGAGGGAGCCGACCCCGCCCCCCUGUCCUCUUACAGCUCAAUCCCCGGGGAUCAGCUAGGCUGCUACUUCUGCAAUGAUGUAGUGGCACCAGGGAAUUCUUUGAAGGACCGUACUCUGGACCAGCAGUGUACAGUAUCAAGGCCCGGCAUCUCCUACAUGGCGUCCGCGCUCGCCGUAGAACUCCUUGUGUCCGUGCUCCAGCAUCCAGAACUAGGGAAAGCCCCGGCGGAUACAAGCGCUAGUGAUGAGCACUUGAGUAAAGACUUUGUCUGCCCCCUAAGGCUGGUCCCUCACCAGAUUCGAUGCUUUGUGUCCCGUUUCCAGCAAGUGUUACCGGCCUGUAAGGCAUUUGAUAAAUGUACAGCUUGUUCAAAGACUGUGAUAGAACAGUUCCGGCAGGACGGCUUUGACUUCCUGAGGCGGGCGUUCAAUGACCCGUCCUACCUGGAGGAUCUUACAGGGCUCACACAGAUGCAUCAGGAAACCCUCGACGCUGAGGUGUGGGGGUUCAGUGAUGACGAGGAAUGUAGCAGCAUGGAAGUCUCCAGCUCUUGACCCAGUUUUGAAUUGUGACCCAACUGAAGGCUUUCAUUUUUAUUUUAUUUAUUUACCAAUCAGACAUUUAUCCGUGUUAUAAUCAUUUCAUGGUAUUACAUGUAAUAAGUACAUUGUAGCGUGAAUUUGUGAUAUUCCGAUUCAGGUUAUUAAUCAUUAUAUUAUACAUUGAGUAAUAUGACAUUAAAAAUGCUUUAACUCUG